CCUGAGCCUGGCUGAUUCGUUUUCGUUUACUUCGGAGCAAGACUCUGUGCAAGUAAGACUGUUUUGCGCUCUGUGGUUAAACACACUGCUUUGCCCGAAUUUUACCUGGGCAUUUCAGGGCAACUUUUUUAAUAAGGGUCAAGGACAAUACACAAGUCAGGUGAAGGAUAUUUUAGUGGCAACAAUCCUUUUGAGUGUAUGAGUGAACAGUGCCGGAAAAUGUAGUUGUGUGCGACGGAAAGCAUGGGCAGCGCGAAGUUUAGUUCCCUCGGAUUAACGUUUGUUGUGAUCUGUCUGGUUGUUGAAGUUGGCGCCACAAACGCGACUGACAAUGUGCGGCACGAGUUGACCCCCGCUAAGCCGGACAGAGCGAACCUGACGACGUUCCAAGGGCCACCCCGAAGCGGGCAGCGGAGUCUCGGGUCGUGCUCGCCGGAAUGCCUGCGGUGCGAGGUGGAAGGCUGCUUCAAGUGCACCGGGGUCAUCGUCCACGGGAGCCGCGAGUGCAGGGUCGAGUGCCCCCCGGGUUACCGUCAGCAGUGGUCUUCGCGGGUCGACUACAUGGGCCUCAUGUGCACUGAGAGCAACAUGGUCGGUGCGGGAUGGCUAGGUGGCCUGGUGACAGGCGGCCAGGAGCUGACGGUGCUCAUCGGCGUAGCGUGCGGCUCCCUGCUCUGCGUACUGGUCCUGGUGGCCGCCUGUGCCUUCAUCUCGUACCGGCGGGCCAAAAUAAGGCGACCGCCGCCUUUGCAUGCCAUCAGGAGCAGAUUCGACGCUGCCGCUGCAGCCCAACCAGCCAGUCAGCAACAGUGGCUCACGCCCCAAGAAAUACAACUGCGCAAGGAAUUCGCCAAACAAGUGUCCGUUCUGCGACCAGAGGCGCCGGUUUUUCUCGCCAUGCUGAACGACACGCGGCGCAAAGUGCGUGAAAUGUUCCGUCCCAACGGCACCGACUCCAGGUCGAAAGCAUACAGGACGGUGCUGAGAGAUCUGACUCGCAUUUUAACGCUCUUGAACCGGCACGAAACGCGGCUGGGUCCGCCACCUCCAGACUGGGACACUUUAUUAGACUGGGCGGAACGCUCUCUGAGAAGGUAUAAAAAGAGCAUCAACAACGAAGGGGUUGGAAGUGCUUGCAGCUCCGGCGCCACAUCUUCCUCCGCCUCAUCAACGCCUACCUCAAGUCACGCACUCAAUCAGCACCAUCUAAAUUAUGAAGCCCAUGACGAAGAGAAUUUGACAGACAAUGAUGAAACAAAAGGUUGUGAGUCAAUUGAAAUACCAGCCCUGCUACAAAGUGCUUCAGAGUGGUCACAAAAUUCGCUGUAUUACUAUGAAAGCUACUACCCCCUGGGCUUCAGACCUCAAGAUGAAAUCACCACUGAAUUAUGAACCACGCGGGAAAUAAAUCCCAUGCAGUGUUGUGCCUUUCAGCCAAAGCUCACACCGGGACGAUUGUGCCAAUGUGAAUUUAAAUCUGUGCAAAUACUGCGAAUUUCUCAUGUUGUGUUUUUUCUGUACUGAUCACGAGACUAUCUCCCAGACCAUGUCUAACCCAUACAAGCCAAAUGUAUUAUGGAAAAUACCCCAGCAAGGACUUGUUUCACAUCUAGUCACCCCCAAAAACGAUUCACUCACUAUCUCAAGUUAUAGUUAAUGUGCAGGGCAAAUAAAUUCAGGUGCUAUUUUUCUGCCCUUGCUAACUUUUGUUCCCCGUUCCAUUGAAAUAAGCUUUUGGCACUGUCAAUUAAAAUGAUAUAUAUUAUGUGUACAGUAUUUUAUAACUAGCAUGCAGCUAAGUGUCAUGAUGUGUUAUAUCUGAAAAAUAAAUACCAGCAUACGGUAAAACUAAUUUUAUUCUUUAAAGCUUAUCGGCGAAUUGUAAAUUUUCUCGAUUUGUUUAAGAUGUGAAAUGGUUGAAUGCAAUAAUUGGAGGUGCAUAAAUAAAUAAUCUAAAAUGAA